GAAGCAGAAAUAUAAUUACGACUAAUUAUAAACAAGGGAGGGUUGAAAUUAUGUUAAAAAAAAACCGAUACUGUUCAGAAUCCCUUUAAGUGUGAAAAAUAAUGUGACGGAAAGUGAGAGGGUUGUAUGAAAUUUCAAUACGCCUACCCUGCGCAAAAUCCAGAAGAUGCGCAGUCGUCUACUACUACAUCCACUGCAGAAAACUGGGUUAUGAUUUGUUGGUUACACUGCCCUUGAAGUUUAUUCUAUUAUUUAUUUCUCGCUUGCGGCGUUCGGUAUUUCGUUUAUCAAUUGUUUAAUAGUAAAUGUUUAUAUAUUUUUUCGUGGUUAUUUUUAUCGUAAAAUUUUGAUGUGUUGAAGUUUUUAUAAAGUGAUAUAUUAAAAUAGUGUUUAGCUACAUACACCAUUCCCGCUUAUGGUAUUAGGUUAAUUAUGAUGGUUUUUUAGCAUUCGAUAACUUCUACUUCCGUUCUCGUAAAGUAUUUCUUCUUGAGGUGUUAGUAACAGCCCCGUAUGGCAACUAAGCCUCGAAUUUUGAAAAAUUGGCAAGGACCAAUAGUCACUUCACAUAUGAAACGUCGUAUAUCCAUGAUACACCUUGCGUCGUUACGCAGACAGUUUUGUAGAGAUUUAGAAGAAUGGCCGACCAGAAUUCGUACGAUACCAAAAAAGUGUCGAAUCGCAAAAAAUUGGAAAAAAUACAUCGGCCGUCAAUAGAUGGCGUCAGUAUAGAUGAUGACGACGGUGAAAAAUUAAAUAAUGCAGUACCGAUAUUUUCGCCGACGAAAACUAAGCCGGAUCUGGUGCUCAACGAAAAGAAUGUUAUCAAAAAACAGAAAGUCAAAAAUAACAAUGUGUAUGCUAAUCCAAUAAGCGCUGAUAAUAUGGUUACAGAAAAAUUAUUGAACUGUAAAAAGGAAGAAGAUGAAAAGCCGGUACUGCACGUGCAAUUCAACGGCGAUAACCGCCACCAAAAUCCCCCCGUAAAAAAAUCAUCGAGCGUAAAUUCGGAUAUUUCUUCGUCUUCCAGCGAUUCUUCGGAAGAUCUAUCGGAAACCAGACCCCCCGAUGGGGGUUGGGGUUGGGUUAUAGUAUUAGCAUCCUUCGUCGUAAAUUUAAUAGCGGACGGUAUAACUUUCAGUUUCGGUGUCAUAUUUGUUGAAUUUCUAAAUUACUUCGGCGAAGAUCGUGGUACGACGGCCUGGGUCGGAGGUUUGUUCAUGGCCAUGCCGCUGUUAUCAGGACCGGUCGCUUCUUUUCUCACCGACCGAUACGGUUGUCGAAAAGUCACCGUCUUCGGCGCCCUGAUGGCAUCGAUAGGUUUCGUCAUAAGUUCCAUGGCGAAUUCGAUGGUUGUGCUCUGUAUUACUUUCGGUGUAAUAUCCGGUUUCGGUUUAAGUUUGUGUUACGUCGCUUCGGUUGUAAUUGUCGCUUAUUAUUUCGAUAAAAAACGUUCUUUCGCCACCGGUUUAGCCGUAUGCGGUAGCGGUAUCGGAACUUUCAUUUUCGCUCCUCUAAUACAGUUUUUACUCGACGAAUACGGUUGGAGGGGAACUACUCUAAUACUCGCCGGGUUGUUUUUGAAUUUGAUUGUAUGCGGCGCUUUGAUGAGAGAUUUGCCUUGGACGUCGAAAAAACAGAAGCGAUUGGCUCACGAAAGGAAAAAAAAUCGAUACUUGAAACGUAAACAGAAAGAAGAAGAUUCUUUUCCAAUUAGUAACAGUUCAAACACUGCUAGUAUGUUGCAGACGAUAACAGAAGAAAAAGAACAAAAUCACGAUUUAUCUGAUAAAAGAUUGAGUAGUUCUUUAGUGCAUCUUCCUACUUAUAUCAAAAAUGGCGAAAAAGUACCUUUGGAAGUAUUAGAACUACUAGCGCGCAAUAAAGCUAUAAAUAACGUAUUAAUUACUAACUAUCCGAAUAUUUUGGUAUCGUCGCGAAGUUUUAGCGAUUCCGGAAAGGUGCACGAAGGUGUUUUAUCAUCAAAACACGCAGCUACUCAUUCCCAAUUAUCUCCUAUCACUAACAUCGAUUGUUUUAACGAAGAACCAAACUCGUGGUUACCGAAAAAAGACGAAGUUUAUCCCGUUCCGCAUAAUCCUCAAAAAAAAAUACCGACGGCUUAUUUGAGAGAUCUCAGGAUACACAGGUUGUCCGUCACGUAUAGGGGCGCCAUGCUCAACAUAAAAAGAUAUCGCCUUCGAGCUAGUUCUUGUCCGGAUAUUUACCGGAAUUCCAUGACGACUAUUGCCGAAGAAAAAGCGGAGUGGUACGCGGGAAUUUGGGAUCUGUGGGAUCUUCUCGUCGACAUGUUCGAUUUUUCCUAUUUCGCCGAUGCGAAAUUUUGCAUUUUCGCCGUAUCGAAUUUUUUGCUUUACACCUGGUACGACGUGCCGUACGUAUACCUCACCGAUAAUGCCAGAAAACACGGAUAUUCGGAAAAAGACGCCUCGUUAUUGAUAUCUAUCAUCGGUAUUAUAAAUAUGUUCGGGGAAAUAAUUCUCGGUUGGGCAGGCGAUAGACGUUGGGCGAACGCGAGCAUCAUCUACGCCGCGUGUAUGGUCCUUUGCGGUGGAGUCAUAGCUCUUGUACCAAUCAUCGUUAAUUAUCCAUGUCUUUUAAUCGUUUCCGGAGCGUUUGGGUUUUUCAUCGCGGCCAAUUAUUCCUUAACUUGCAUCAUAUUAGUGGAAUUAAUUACUUUAGAUAGAUUUACUAACGCUUAUGGUUUGCUGUUAUUGGUACAAGGCGUCGCAAAUUUGGUCGGACCUCCUAUAGCUGGAAGAAUCUACGAUAUAACGGGAACGUACGACAUGUCAUUCUAUUUAGCAGGAUUCUUCAUUGCCGUUUCAGGUCUACUUUUGGUUGUUAUACCCGUAACGAAUAAAUACAAAUCGUAUAUAUGUAAAGACGAGGAAUCGUUAAACCCCCCUGUAAAUUGUGAUGAUCCAAAUAAACCCAAAAAAUAGGAUUUUAUUAAUUAAAGUUACAAAUAUAGUUAGAAUUUAAUUAAGGACCUCAAGUGAACUUAAAUAUGACGUAUUUUUACGCCACAAAAAUAUAAUCAGUUUAAUUCACCUCUAACUUAUUGCGUGACCCUCGUAGCAAACUAUUUUCUUAACGUAUAUUUACAUACGAACCUCGUAUAUAGUCGGAGUUUUCUUCUUUUUUAUUAUCAACCAGACUUUAAAAGCAUAAGUUAUAGAAUAGGAAUACGUAUAUUAUUGUAUUUAUUAAACCAAUUCUAAUCUUUCGUUUACACUUCUUAUAUAUUCAUUAUUCAUUUUGCUACCCUCGUAUAUAUUUACGUCUCACAUUAUCAAGUAUUUUUCUUAUUUUUUAUUUAGGAUCAGAUUUUAUACGUAUAUAUUAGAGAUAAAUAUAUUUUAUAGUGUAAAUCGGACUUCGUUAUUUGCAUUAAAUCCAUUCGUCUUCUUUUUUAUUGAAGUUUAGACUUUCUACGCAUAAGUUACAGAUUAUGGAAACGUUUAUUAUUGUAUCGUGUAAUUUCGACUUCAUUGUUUUCUAUGGCGUUAUUAUUGACAGUUUUAGUACAAAAAUGGUGGUUGACGAGUAAAUAAUAAUUAUUUUUCACGGUUUGCGUUAUAAUAAGUGAAAGGUUAUUAGUUUUGUGGUGUAAAUAUACUAUAUAUAAAUAAAAAAAGUUUAAAUACUAGACUUAAUCAAUUAAAAAAAAACGUUACUAGAUUUCUCGAUAACAAACCUUACGUGCCAACGCUUAUUUUAGAAUCCCAAUAAUAUAGAUCGUAUUUUGGAAGUAUUAUCGUUAUUUUUUUUUUUUGUAAAAAAAGUGAUAUAAAUUUAACGAUAGUUGUGUGAUAUUUCUCUUAGGAUAUGUUCGAAGUAUGUAAGUUUUGAUGUUACAUUUAAUUUGGUUUAUUAACCUCACAUUUUAGCAUCUUUUUCAAUAUUGAUUCAAUAGAAUAGUAAAAUUCUCAAUAGGUAAAUAACGAUCAGUAAUAUACGAGGUGCCACAUAAACUUGGUACAAACUAUAUGUACACAAUAAACAGGAAACACUUUUUUUUGUUGAAAAUAUAUUUUGUAAUAUAAACAGACACGUAGCUUAGAACCAUAGAACUAAAUUAAAUAAAAACAGCAAUAAUAGAUUUAGUAAUCACGGAGACAAAAACUAGUGACGUUCAAGUCUCAAGGUUAUUAUAGACAGGUCCGUAUUCAGGAUAAGUUAAUAAUUUUUCAACAAUUAAAUUUUCAAUUUAUUGUAAUAUUAUUUUGAAAUAGAGAUGUUUUGAUCGUGUUUUAUACAGUGCUGAAUUAAAUUUGUAAUUAAAUAACUUCUCGGACUAUACUAUUUUAUAAACGUAUAAAUAUUUUUCCUGUGGAUGUGAAUUGCUUUAAGGAAAAUAUGUACCUACACUGAUGAGGCGCAACGACGUCCAAAUCGGUACGCUAAUUUUAAUCUGAAAAAAUUAAAUAAUCCCGUGCGUGUGUAGGUGUAUAGUCCGAGAAAUAUAAGUAUUUAUAAAAAUUCGUCUUGUAAAAAUUUCUCGGUUCUAUCAGUAAAUAUGAUAAAUAAGUUUA